UCUUACCAUUUUUAGAUUUACAAGUUUAACAUAAUUAUUACGUGAAGUGAUAUAUGAUGUUUUCAACUGUUAAUGGUAAUGCUUCUUAUUGAUGUUUGUAAUCGCUAAAAAUAUAAAAUAUAAAUUAUUUAAUCUGAAUAAUAAAUAGUUAUAAUAUUAAGUCAGUGUAUGCCCUAUGUUACAAAUAAAACUCAAAGAACUAAAAAGAACAAAUUGAAAUCAUGAUUAUUAAUCGAAGUCGUAUAAAAUAAUUAACGAAUAGUUACUUUGAAAUAUAAGGACAGUCAUGACAUCUAAAGGAAAUCCAUUGAGCGAGUCCACUAUACUACGGAACCAUGUGUUCUACCAGAAAAGUUACGUACAAGCGGACACCUUACCAGUGCCAACACGAAGUAACUCCCCAGUCCGCUACAAACCAAUUCGAAAAACUAAACCUCAAGCAAAGUCCAAACCAAAGUUAACAGCUGCAAAGAAACGGUCCUCUUCGGUCUCCCCUGUAAGGAACAAAGCGAGGAACAGCAUGGAACAGCUUGAGUACAGGCGACUACAAAGGGUAGAUCGUGAAAAACCGUGGCAAGAGAAGCCACCGAAACUUAAAAACAGCACUGGAACAUUGAAAUUGUUCUAUGACCGCGCACUUCCGGCUUCAAUUGAUAAAUCCAAGGGCAUUAUGCGAGCCAGGAAAUUCGUGUCAAACACAAAAUAUGGCAAUAUUUAUGAGAUAAGGGAGGAAGCGCCUAAAAACAAGAGGACAAAGUCACCAGAGCCACGAAAAUGGAUAUGGGAAGACGACUUUCUGCUGUGGAUGCAUGGCACAAGAGACAAAUAUAUGGAAGAUAUUGGUUCGACAAGAAAUAAACAAAUAUCAGCCGUUCAGAAUCAAUCAAAUGGAUCAACAAACACAAACACACCAAGACCCGGGAGCCUUCCUUCUAUUAAAGAACACGGUCGACCAAAUGCAGCAAUUUAUGCCUCGUACAAUUAUCAUCGUCUAGAGCGUACAAGGCGCCGACAUGCUUCUAUAGUUCUCCAGAGAAUGUUCCGUGGUUGGUACGUACGCAGUUUUAUUAAGAGAUUGAAACGAAAGGCACUCCUGGAACAUGGGCGGCCAUGGAUGAAAUUCAUCGAAGAAUAUAGAGAACUGGUUUCACGUAUAAGAUCCAGGUAUGGGAUGAUGAAACAAUCUUGCCGCAUAGAUCUGAAACAACUGGACGAAUUUCUUAACAGGAAACAUGUGUAUGAGAAAACAUUUCGACAAUUUGCGCCGAGUGGAAAACUUCAUAAAGACGAUUUAAUGGAAUACUUCAACAGAUGCGACUUAUGGCCGACACAACGAGAAAUUAAUCGUAGUUUUGACACCAUUUUCAGAGGUUCAAGAAACACUGCUGAAGUGGUUUUCCUGUUGGAUUGUUCAACCAGCACCGGGAUUGUUGGGUUUCAUAACCUGAUUAAAUUUGUCAAAGAUCUCGUGCAUAUAAUGGAUAUUGCACCAGACAGAACUAGAGUGGGCGUUGUUCCAUUUAAUGAAGAUGUCUUCAGCUCCUUUAGUAUAACAGCAUACAGUAACAAACGGGAUGUGUUAGAAGCCAUCUCUCGUAUUAAUCUGUGGCACGGACUAACACGCACUGAUCUUGCAUUGCGGCUGAUGAAAGAAAUGUUUAAGGAUUCUAGGCCGGGUGUUCAGAAAAUUGGCAUUGUGUUAACUGAUGGUCAGUCAACGUAUCAUGAGAAGACGGUAAAGGAAGCACAACAGUCACAUGAAAUGGGAAUAGAGAUGUUUGCUAUAGGUAUUGGAAGUAAAGCAGAUAUGUCGGAGUUACAACACAUAGCUACAAAUCCUGACAACUUAUUUCACGUUCUUGACGUAAAAUCGCUGGGCACGAUACGGCGACAAAUUGAAAAACGUUUCUGUCUUGAUACACCAACAUUUGCACAAAUCAGAGCAUCCAGUACAAGUCAUAUUUGCCGGCCUAUUGACCAGUCAGAAGCAUUGGAAGUACUUUGGACUUGCUAUCCGCCAGACGGAUGUAGUCUUUCUCAUGUUCGUCCUUCUCGGUGGAUCAGACCCAUUGUGGAGGGGAAAGAAGCCUGGUCGAUGCUAGAUGAUGAAAUCAUUAGAGCAACAGGAAUGAAGGCAUGUUUACGACUGGUUAUACAAUCACGACUCCAGCGUCAUGGUUACAUCACUGUACCAUCUGACGUCAAAGAUGACGUAGAACACGUGACGAGUGAAACACAAGCGUUGCAGAUCAUUGAAAAGUUCAUAGAGGAUCGACAGAAAGUGAAAAAUGGAAACUAGUUACGCCGAAUUAGAAAAACCGAAUUACGGAAGUGUUACACUUCUAGUAACAUACAGUUACAUCCAACUUGCAAGAUGAGCUUCGAAUGUCUAACUCUGUACUGGUGUUCUUCCUAGCUUUAUAUCGACAAAGUGUAGAUCUAGAUCUAUUCUUGUUUAAUGCAGAAAUAUGCACAGACAUAGACAGAAAUAAACAGCACUUUGUUUUCAAAACAUGGAAAAUCAAAUGUAUAUAUACUUUAAUGCCAAUAAGGUUCUUGACUAAAAUUGUUGCUGUGUUAAGUUUUCGCAAAAACAAUUUGCAAUUGGUAGAUCUAGAUCUGUCUAUGAAAAAGAAGACGAAAAAAAUGCGAAUGCUAAUGGCCAAUACGAGACGAAACGCAAGUGACAGGAAAUAAAGAGUCAAUUUGCCUUUUCUCAGAAGAGGUCGUGUAUUCAUUCUGCAUAAGGAUCAGUUGCAUGUUGUGUUCCUGACUGUGAA